AUGGGUAAUACGUGCCGGGGAUCAAUUGGGGGUAAGUACUUCAAAAGAUUAGGGGAGGCAGCGGGAUCUAAGCGGAAGUCUUCAUCUCGCAGUGACACCAUCUCUUCGUCUUCCUCCGACCAGCAGCCAGAAGAGGCGGCGAAGCAAGCGGAGAAAGCGCAGCAAGAGGUCUAUAACGGCGGCGGGAAUUGCGCGGCGACGGUGCAGGAAAGCGCUGUCAUGAAGCGGGGUAUGGAACUGCCACCGAACUCGGUGCUCGGACACAGGACCGCUAAUAUCCGUGAUCUCUACACUCUAGGUCCGAAGCUGGGGCAGGGGCAGUUCGGGACGACGUAUUUGUGCACUGAGAUUGCCACAGGAAUAGAGUUCGCUUGCAAGUCGAUCUCCAAGAGGAAGUUGAUCACGAAGGAGGACAUGGAGGACGUGCGACGGGAGAUCCAGAUAAUGCACCAUCUUUUCGGCCACAAGAACGUGGUCAAGAUAAAGGGCGCGUACGAGGAUACCCUCUACGUGCACAUCGUCAUGGAAGUCUGUGCAGGAGGGGAGCUUUUCGAUCGGAUAAUUCAUAGGGGGCAUUACAGCGAGAGAAAGGCUGCUGAGCUCACCAAGAUUAUUGUCGGAGUUGUUGAGGCCUGCCACUCUCUUGGGGUCAUGCACAGGGACCUUAAGCCUGAAAAUUUCUUGCUUGCCAAUAAGGAUGAUGAUCUGUCUCUGAAGGCCAUUGAUUUUGGGCUUUCCGUGUUCUUCAAGCCAGGUCAGGUCUUUAAGGAUGUGGUUGGAAGCCCAUACUAUGUAGCUCCUGAGGUUCUCUGCAAGCACUAUGGACCAGAAGCUGAUGUGUGGACUGCUGGUGUUAUAUUAUAUAUAUUGUUGAGCGGUGUACCGCCUUUUUGGGCUGAAACACAACAAGGAAUAUUUGAGGCAGUUUUGAAGGGUCACGUUGAUUUUGAUUCAGAACCUUGGCCUUUGAUAUCCGACAGUGCUAAGGAUCUUAUCAGAAGAAUGCUUUGCCCUUCUCCUAAAGAUCGCUUGACUGCGCAUGAAGUACUCUGUCAUCCUUGGAUAUGUGAGAAUGGAGUUGCUCCUGAUCAGGCUCUGGAUCCUGCUGUCCUAACUCGGCUUAAACAAUUCUCAGCUAUGAACAAAUUGAAGAAGAUGGCUCUGCGAGUUAUAGCAGAAAGCCUCUCAGAAGAGGAGAUUGCUGGACUGCGAGAAAUGUUCUUGGCAAUGGACACAGAUAGUAGUGGGGCAAUUACAUUUGAUGAGCUGAAGGCUGGUUUAAGAAGAUAUGGUUCAACAUUAAAAGAUACAGAGAUCCAGGAUCUUAUGGAUGCUGCGGAUGUUGACAAUAGUGGCACCAUCGACUAUGGGGAGUUUAUUGCAGCCACCGUUCACCUCAAUAAGCUGGAGCGUGAAGAACAUUUGGUGGCUGCAUUUUCAUACUUCGACAAGGAUGGGAGUGGGUACAUUACAGUUGACGAGCUUCAGCAAGCUUGUAAAGAACACAACGUGACUGAUGUGUUCAUUGAGGAUAUUAUCAAGGAAGUUGAUCAGGAUAAUGAUGGCCGGAUCGACUAUGGUGAAUUUGUUGCAAUGAUGCGUAAGGGAAAUAUGGGAAACAUGGGACUUGGAAUUGGGAGGAGAACCAUGAGGAAUAGUCUAAGAAUGAGCAUAACUGAGUGACCAACAGCCCACGGGGAACAUACUUCUCUCUCCCAUUUUCUGUUUGACGAGAAAUUAUUACGUGCGGAGUCCGGACGUAGAGUUACAUCCAGACUUCAAUAAAAACAUGACACGUGUCCUUAAUUUGUGCAUAGUGUCCGGACAAACACACUUGUCGUGGAGUCCGGAUAUGUCCGGACUCCGCACGUAAUAAUUUCUCUUGAUUUUGAGAAAGUUAAGGUGCAGGGGAGCUCUUCUCCGCUUUCUCAUUCUCCAGCAACUUAAUAUUUAUUGGCAGUACAGAAUUCCAGGCUCCUGCUGCACAAUAUCUGUAAGUGCUCGCCAUUUAUGGAUUAAAUAAGGUAUCAAUAUGUAGAAUUUGUAAAAACGCCACUUUCUCCUUAGAACCCAAAACACAUUUUUGCCGGAGAUGGAAUGCUGUAACCUUUCACGCAUAAAAUCACAGAUGAACAUUGAGAUUGCCGUUGAAAUCUGAAAAAAAUAUUAUGUUAUUGAGUUAUUCUGAAAGAA